AUGGAAGAUUUACCGCCGAGAUACUCUAUAUUGGAGGCAGCUGGCUGGCCCGACGAUUUUGGGUCUCACGAUGGAGCAGAAUUAACCGGCGAUGGCCGUGUCGAGGUCGACCUCGAUUCCAAGGUCUGCAGAACGGUCGCGAAGUUCAUUCCAUUCUCGCACGACGAGCCGCGACCCCAAUCAGCGCGGGAUGAUUCAGUACCGGUGACCUGCGAUAUCAAAUUGAAUAUUGUCAUCCAAGUGGUUGGCAGCAGAGGCGAUGUCCAGCCUUUCAUUGCGUUGGGCAGCGCACUUCAAUCGCAUGGCCAUCGUAUCAGAUUGGCGACUCACAGUGUGUUUGAAUCCUUCGUGCUUGAAUCAGGCUUGGAAUUCUAUCCCAUUGGGGGGGACCCCACGGAACUGAUGGCUUACAUGGUCAAGAACCCUGGCUUGAUACCGCAGAUUAAAAGUUUGCGAGAGGGAGAAAUUCAACGCAAGCGGAAAAUGGUGGCGGCAAUGUUACAGGGUUGUUGGAAUUCAUGCAUUGGGGACGAUCCGCUCAGCAAAGUCCCCUUUGUCGCGGACGCGAUAAUUGCUAACCCUCCAAGCUUUGCUCAUAUUCACUGUGCACAAGCCUUGUCAGUCCCCUUGCACCUCAUGUUUACCAUGCCGUGGAGCAGCACAAGAGCCUUUCCGCAUCCGUUGGCAAAUCUCAAAUAUUCGACCAUCGAACCGAAGAUGGCCAACUAUAUUUCCUACGGGGUAGUUGAGUGGAUGACAUGGCAAGGACUUGGAGACGUGAUUAAUGAGUGGAGAGGUUCCCUUGGUUUGGAACCUAUACCAGCAACCGAAGGCCCGUGUCUGGCUGAGACUCUGAAGAUACCUUUCACCUAUUGUUGGUCUCCAAGUCUAAUGCCCAAACCAAAAGACUGGCCAGCGAACAUCGAUGUCUGUGGAUUUUUCUUUCGCUCGAUUCCAGCAUACACUCCACCUCCAGACCUGGACGCAUUUCUUCGCAGUGGCAGCCCCCCAGUCUACAUCGGAUUCGGCAGCAUAGUGAUCGAAGACGCCGCUGCUAUGACCAAGAUCAUUCUGCAGGCCGUCAAGGCACUCAGGAUUCGCGCAGUCAUCUCUCGAGGCUGGAGUAAUAUCGGAGAGCCAUCAUCUUGUAAUCAGAUCUUCUACCUUGAAGACUGCCCGCAUGAAUGGUUGUUUCAACAUGUUGCCGCGGUCGUCCACCAUGGCGGCGCCGGCACUACAGCGUGUGGUCUGCGUUUUGGCUGUCCCACAGCUAUCAUCCCAUUCUUUGGAGAUCAGCUUUUUUGGGGCAACAUGGUCGCAUCCAGGGGACUUGGACCGAGCCCUAUCCCAUAUCGAUCUCUGGAUCCAACAAAGUUGACGGAAGCCAUUCGUUUCUGUCUCCAACCGGAAGUGCAGUCUGCAGCUCAACACUUUGGGGGCCUAAUGGGCCAAGAAAAUGGUGUUGCAGCCGCUGUCGCUUCUUUCCAUCGCAAUCUACCGAUAAACAACAUGCGAUGUCACGCACUUAGUUCGGAGCCCGCGGUGUGGCAAGUCAAGCUGUCUGGCAGAGGCCCCAUACAGCUGUCCAAACUUGCCGCGGAUGUUCUUGUCAAUCAUCGCCGCUUGAAAUCAAGCGAUCUUCGAAUCUACCACGUCAAGCCGAUUUUCAUCCAAAAUAGGCGCUGGGACCCAGUUACUGGCACCACUUCUUCGCUGAUCGGAACUAGUACUGAUGUACUCAAAGCCACAGGCGACAUUUUCUACCGGCCAUACCAGGAGUUCAGUCGUGGCCUUGAGCGCCCCUCGGAACUUGAUCUUCCAAUCUCCUCUCGUCGUCCUUCCAGUAGCAUGGCCUCUACAACUGACGCAUCUUCUGUCCCAGUCCCUAUUACCGAAAAACCCUCCAAGAUGAGAGCUACAGGGGCCGCCAUGGGAGGCUCAGCCAAAAGCAUGGGCAAGGUUGUUGGCUAUUGGUACAAAGGCAUGUUGGUGGACGUACCUUUAGCAGUGAGUGAGGGUCUUCGAGCUGUACCUCGACUAUAUGGUGACCAGGUCAAAGACCAUGGACCAAUUCACGAUUGGAAAUCCGGAGCCUCUUUUGCGGGGAAGAACUUUGUUCAUGGGAUGGUGGACGGUCUCAGCGGCAUAUUUGUUCAACCCUACAAAGGUGGCCAGGAGGAAGGGGCAAAGGGUGUGAUCAAGGGUCUAGCAAAGGGGACUGUUGGAGUGACCACCAAAGUCUCAUCAGCUGCAUUGGGAUUGAUCGCAUACCCUGCGCACGGUAUGAUGAAAAGCUUACACACGGCAUCGCACUCCAAAACACGGAAAUGCAUCCUUCAAGCGCGAUUGCAGGAAGGAAAAUACCUGGCGGAGCACUCGCCGAAGGCCGUGAAGAAUCGGCAGAAGAUCCUGCGAAACUUCGAGACCGCUUGCCGCAAGCCAGCUCACGUUUAG